CCUUUGAUGUGGGAACCUCAAGAUCAGUAGGGGUCUACCUCUCUUUAUAUGUGACAAUAUUUGAAACUGAGGUUGCAAUCUGAUAUAAAGUAUUUGAGUAAGCAUCCGGAAAGGAAUUGACUGGCGGACUGACAGACAGACUGACGGAUUGACUGACUGACAAACGGAACAAAACUUUAUGUCCCGCUACUUGGUAGCGUGGGGUAUAAAUAUGCAAUGCAAUUAAACACACUGACGUCAUUCGUCUCACUCCUUCGGAAAAUAAACAGUUAACCAGGAAGAAACUACAAACAACAACAAAACAUUAGUCGAUAAACAGGAAGAUAUUCCUUAACCUUGUGAUGUCAGUUCAACCAUACAAGACAUGUAUGUAAUAAACAAACUAACUAACUCAUAUUCAGUAUAAAAUUCAACACAAAAGGAUCAUCGCUGAAAUACAUAGAUAUGUAUAAACAACUUACUAAUAGUCAUAGCAAAACUGGUGCCGAAUCACAGGAGGAAGAUCCCAAUGAGGAAGGUGAUCUGUCAGCCGUCUGUCGGCUGCAAAAUCCCUCAUGUAACUAUGAAGAUGAGAUGAAUCUAUCCUUAUGUGGAUGUGGAUUCCUGGGUAUUUAUCACUUAGGAGUAGCUGCAUGUCUCAAACAGCAUGGUUCUUCAUUUCUAUCUAGCAUACAGAAAGUAGCAGGUGCUAGUGCUGGGUCAUUGGUUGCUUCUGUCCUGGUAAUUGAUGAUAGUAAGAUAGAGGAAUGUAAAAAUUUUACCUAUGGAUUAGCCAAAGAAGUGAAGUCUAAACCACUAGGAGCUCUUACACCAGGUUAUAAUUUAUUGGACUCUAUAAAGACAUUUUUAAAUACAAUGUUACCUGAAGAUGCUCAUCAUAAAGCAUCAGGGAAACUAUACAUAUCAUUAACCAAUACAAGAACCAGGAAAAAUGUUCUUGUCCAUCAGUAUCAAUCAAGAGAACAUUUAAUAAAGUGCCUACUUGCCAGCAGUCAUAUACCUCUCUAUGCCAGUAGACUUCCAGUAAAAAUAGAUGGACAGAAUUACAUGGAUGGAGGAAUUACUGACAAUAUGGUGGUUUUUAAAAAUGAAAGAACAAUUCAGGUGUCCCCAUUUUGUGGUCGUCAAGACAUAUCACCGAAUGAUAAACUUGGUAAAGAAUGGUAUGUCAGUGUUAACAAUCAGGGAUUCCAAGUAAACAAGAACAAUCUCAUACGUUUCAGUCAUGCUAUGAUCCCACCAUCAAAUAAAGUAUUAAUGCAAUAUUAUAAUCAAGGAUUUAAAGAUGCUAAAAGAUUUUUAAUUAAAGAAAAGAUUCUCUGAUGUACAAGUUUAUAAAGUCAAUUUUAAUUAUUUUUAUAAAAUUUUUUAUCAAAUGCUUUUAUAGAUUCCAUUUCUGAUGAAAAUAAUUUAAGUUUGCACAAUGAUAUGUAUACUGUGGAUUCAUCAGUUUUCAUGUGUACCAAUUUUCGUGGAUUGAAGAAAAAUGGUAUUUUUCGUGGUAACCUUGAUUUGGUGGAUUUACCAAAGUUUCCAUACAAACCUAUAACAUACUUGUUCAACAAUUAAAUUCGUGGUUUACCUUUAACAAGGAAAUAAACAAACAUCGAUAUCAAAUGAAUGAUAAUUAAUCCUCAGUACAACCAGAAAAGACUAAUUUUGAUAUAUGUAGUAAUUAUUCAGUCAAAUAGACACCCAGUGCCAAAAACAUUAUGCUUGAUUUAUAAUUAUUAGACAAUCAGAAAACAUGUUUGAAGCUUAGCCAGUGUUUUCCCUUAGGAAUUUUAAGAAAACAGUUUCCAAGAUGCUGUAAUUUUUUAACCUGAUCUCAUCUCAAAUGUUUUCUAAGGUAUCAUCAUAAAAUUUGAUUCACCCAUAUGUUUUUUCAGGAGAAAGAAACUGUUUAAAUUUCCUCUAUGCUAAGAUGCAAUUGAAUAUCCAUUGGGAAAACACAGGUUUCAAACUAUAAUUGUAUGUUUUAUAUUUUUACAAUUUAAUUUUCCAUAGUCUACUCAUGAAUAUGUUAAUAACUUCAAAUUGAGGAACAUGCUGUGCUUUUUUAUCACACUUGUUGAUGUACAGACAAAUAAAAUGAGAAUAUUAUACAUGAUUUAAGGAUGUUCGCUUGUCAUGUUUUGGAAUUUUUGUCAGAUUUUCGGAAUUCUCUGGUUUUAGCCAUUUGAAUGCCUUAAAAAAUUUUGCCCACAAACCCCCAUUUUUCUUUUUAUAAAUCAUUUACAUGUAUAAUUAUAAGCCAUCUGUAAAAGUCUCAUAAAAUCUUUGUUACUUUUUAAUAGUUUUUGAGAACUUUAACUUGUCAAUGAUAAAGCUAUGAAAAAUCAAGAGAGAAUAUUUUCCCGCCAAAAUUUCAAUGGCUAAUAUCUCGAAAAUAAGCACAUUGACCUAUAUUUUAUUUUUGCUCUUUUUGUUCCUUUAUUUAUCCCCUAUCAAUAUAUACUAGUGUUAUGAAAAUCUUGUUAUUUUGAAACUGAGUAGCGAACUUCCUUAAGGACAUACCCAUAUCAUAUCUCCUUAAAAUUAUACUGCAUACAAAUAAUGUGAUUAAAAUUUAAAAAGAGUAUACUAACUUCGCUGCACAAUUUAAGGAUUUACAUCAUAAAUUUCUUGCUUUUCUGAAUGUCCUAACUUUUUUUGCCAAUUUUUUUUUUAAAGAAUCUAUUUCUUAUUUGGAACAAUGUAAUUGAAAUUUUGAUGAUUUGUUCAUGUGAUGUUUUUUAUUCUUAACACUAUAUGGUGAUGAUUAUAUGGACUUGGAAACCAAUUUCACUGGCCCAUCUAGCAUACCUAUCCAGCUUUUAAUGUGACAUGUGGCUGAUAACCUACAAUGUCUGGUCAUAAUAUAUACAAACUUUUUUAAAGCCUUGGAUAAUUUAUUUAUUGCAAAAAAUAUUCAAGGGUCAAAUAUUUUUCUCUGUAAACAGAUUUAUUUAUUUAUUUUAUCGUUGAUAACUAUAUAGUUAUAUUAUUUAAUGCCAAAGCUUGUUAAACAUGAUGUAAAGAAAAAUGUUAAAAAAUGAGUUAUCAUUUCAGUGUCUUUCAGAUUAAUUAUUAUUAGCUUAAUUUUUUAUAACCAAUUUGUUGCAUAUGAUAAAACGAUACAUGGAGAAAGUCUUA